CUAAACCGGAACCGGAGCUGAUCUGAACCGUUAGAUCCGGAUCGGAAGCGGGUUAAAUCCGUAGGACAUCUGGAGUAAACCUGAAGUUUCCCUUUAGCGGAUCAGCAGCGUGACAACAAGGAGAACUCGUUCCGGUUCCGGCGGUGUCGCAGUUGAACUUACAGAAAGAAUUUCAUCAUCAUCGUCAUCAUCAUCAUCAUCAUCAUCAUCAUCAUCAUCAUCAUCAUCAUCUGCUGCUGCUGAGUAUAUUCGGGUUUUGGAGGAAAAAAGCAACAAAGUUUGAAGCUUUGCAGAGAAGCAGCGAGGAGAUGACUAAGCUGGCUUUGAUCCUGUUCCUGGUUCUCACCUGUACAGAUGGAGGAGCAGGGAAUGCAGAAGAGCGGCUGGUGAACUUCCUGCUGGGACCGGAGCGCUACAACAAACUGAUCCGACCAGCCGUCAAUAAGAGCCAACAGGUCACCAUCUCCAUACAGGUGUCUCUGUCUCAGCUCAUCAGCGUCAAUGAGAGAGAACAGAUCAUGACCACCAACGUGUGGCUGUUUCAGGAAUGGAACGACUACAGGCUGAGAUGGGACCCAGCCAAAUACGGAGGCAUCAAGAAACUACGAAUCCCGUCCAAACUGAUCUGGCUUCCCGACAUCGUGCUUUACAACAACGCUGACGGCGUCUACGAGGUUUCCUUUUACUGCAACGCAGUGGUCUCCAGCACUGGAGACAUCUUCUGGCUCCCCCCAGCGAUCUACAAGUCCGCCUGCGCCAUCGAGGUCCAGAACUUCCCUUUCGACCAGCAAAACUGCACCCUGAAGUUCCGGUCCUGGACCUACGACCACACGGAGGUAGACCUCAUCCUGACCAGCGACUAUGCCAGCCGGGAUGACUUCACACCAAGCGGAGAGUGGGACAUCGUCUCGCUGCCGGCGCGCAAAAACGAAGACCCCAACGACAUCACCUACCUGGACAUCACCUACGACUUCGUCAUCCAGAGGAAGCCUCUGUUUUAUACCAUCAACAUGAUCAUCCCUUGUGUUCUCAUCACCUCGUUGGCCAUCCUGGUGUUUUACCUGCCGUCGGACUGCAGAGAGAAGAUGACGCUGUGCAUCUCCGUUCUGCUGGCGCUCACCGUCUUCCUGUUGCUGAUAUCCAAAAUAGUCCCACCCACCUCUCUGGCGGUGCCGCUGAUAGGGAAAUACCUGAUGUUCACCAUGGUUCUGGUCACGUUCUCCAUCGUCACCAGCGUCUGCGUCCUCAACGUGCACCACCGCUCCCCGUCCACCCACUACAUGCCCGACUGGGUCAAACACAUUUUUCUGGUCCGCCUCGCCACCUUCCUCCUCAUGAGGCGUCCGGGCUCUUCUCACGUCCAUGACAAACUUCGCCGGAGGUUUGCCAGCCGGAAUCCAGCCCAUGAAAAUGAUUUCCAGAGCGGCGCCGUCAGGAGGCAGCAUUCCAACGUCGGACUGGGUGGAAUCCAAACUGACAGCGACUCUGUAUACGUUAAUGAAGAAGUGGUGCGCAGGUGUUACUGGAAGAGGGACAACAUUCCCGAUGGUCCAGGUGGGAUUCCUGACUUCCAGGGGCCUUUGGCGUUGCAGUGGGAAGCAGACCUGGAAGAGGCAGUGGAUGGAGUCAGAUAUAUCGCUGAGCACAUGAAGAUGGAGGAUGACGAUGAAGGGAUCAUCGAGGACUGGAAGUACGUCGCCAUGGUGAUAGACCGUCUUUUCCUUUGGAUCUUCAUCCUGGUGUGUGUGGUGGGAACUCUGGGACUCUUCAUGCAGCCGCUGUUCCAGGGCUACAACACGCCCACUGCUGAUGACACAGAAUACUGAGAUGUCUAGAGUUUCCAAAGCAACAUUUUUCCUGAAGCUUUCAAACGACGUGAUCUUCUGAAUCCGAGCUGCCUCCAGCUGCGCUUGUUUUUUUACUUUACCCUCGAGGACGGAGCUGGACCUGGUCUGGACCUCGUCUCUACAAACAUCUGAGACAGCUCAUGGAGUUUCCGUCAAACUGAUGAACACAAAUGACCUUUUAAUCACUUUAUUUAUGUAAAAACAAGCCGAUAGAGAUGUAUGUUGAUUUGUGGACCAUCGUGGUUUCAGGCCACCUCUGAAUUCACGCAGAAACUCGUCUGACUGCAGCUCUGAGGUCAGCUCUCUGCAACCCUCCUGAUGGGAAAACAACAUUUAAACAGUUUCUGAUAGGAGUGAUACUGCAGAUCAUAAUUCAUCUACAUGACACCAAAGCUUAUUCCAACAUGUUUUUAUUCUUUUUCACCUUUUUUCCUUCAUGGAAACUUUAACACCAUCUGCUUUUCUCUCACUUUUGUGCUUCGUUUCUUCCACUCCCUAAAUGUCAACCAAUGUCCCAUUAAAACAAAAUCCUGUUCUGCUGCUUUUAUCUGC